CGGCUUAGGUGCUUCGAUGGGAGACGAGGACGCCCUGGAAACAUUUCUUGACACUUACCUUGUCAACAGCUUUGGGGCUUCAGGCAAUAACGCAGCGAUGUCCCAUCAGCAACAACAGCAGCAACAGCAACAACUUCUUGGAGGAGGUCUUACCGGGCAACCACCGUUAGUGACAUCAAUGCUUAACAGGCCUGGGAACCUAGGUCUGAACCCACCUCAAGGAUCCGGCUCUGGAUUGAGCAACAUUGGUGUUCCUGGCGGGGAAGACACAUCUAACCUCAGCAUACCUGCGCUACAAGCCUUGCUGCGACAGCGGCAGCUCCAGCAGCAGCAGCAACAACAACAACAGACGAGCUUUAAUCCGCUCCCUUCCGGAGGCAUAGGACCGCUAGGAGGCGUCGGUAUGGGAGCUAGCGGUGGCUUGCUGCGGCCCACUAGCUUGCAAGACCAUUUAACCUCGGGUCUUGGUUCCGAUCACAACACGUGGCGUCCGUCGCUUGGUGCAUUGCCGUCAGGCACAGGCAUCCAAGGAUUCGGAACGGGCCAGGGCCCGUUGUUCGGGGAGCCGUUGGGCGGCUUCCAGGAAGGCACCGGAUUAAACAAUGCAAUGGCGACUGGGCCAAUACUCCGUCCAGCUAGCGAUAGCCUGCUGGCAAAUCAGAGGAGCGGUAUGAUGGCGCCGCUUGGCUUGCAGAGCAUGGGUAUGUCAAGUAUGCGUGCAAAUUCCUUGUCUGCACAGACAGCCGGCACAGGCGGCCUUGGAGCGAAGAAGUCCACAUGGGAUGCCGCUACGCCCAUGGUUGCCGAAGGCAGUGACGACAGCAGCGGAGACGACUCGAGUCAGCGGCGACGUGUCAAGGGGCGCUCCGCCUCCACCGCACACCAGCCCUCAGUCCAGGAGAAGAACCGCAGCGCCCAGCGGCGGUUCAGGCAGCGCCAGAAGGAAAAGAUGGCCUACCUGGAGACCCGCACGGAGGCGCUGGCAGCCCAGGUUGAGAAGCUGAGUUCCGAGAACGAGUCGCUGCGCAACAUGACGUCCAUGCUGGAGAAGGUGCUCAACCUGCGGGAGGAGCACAUCUCCAACCUGCAGGAGGCCGCCAAGGUGUUCAGCAACCUCAACAUCCGCACGCAGGAGGGGGAGGCGGGGGGGAGCGGAGGAGGAGGAGGGGGGGCGGCAGGCGGAGGGGAGAGAGGAGCGGCAGCGGACGCAGCGCUGAGGCAGGCCGCCAGCGGCGGUGGCGCCGGCCCCAGCAGCCCCCGCACCGGCGGCGGCGGUGGAGCUGCUCACAACACAGCUGGUGGUGGCGGUGGUGGCGGUGGCGGUGGUGCACUCCUGGUCAAGGGCGAGGACGGCAACCUUGGCACCCUCCCCAGCCCCAACCCCGCACGCACCGGCGCCGGUGGGGGUGCGUCACUGGAACAUGGUGG